AUGGCACCACCCAAGUCAGUGAAGGUGGUGGAGCUGUGCAAAGUCGCUCCAGCAGCUGGCUCAGGCUCCGGCUCAGUCAUCGAAGCAUCACUCCCACUCUCUUUCUUUGACUUGUUCUGGUUGCCUGUGCCACCCACGCAACUCCUUUACUUCUACCGCUUCCCUCAUUCAUCUAUUUACUUCAGACAGAGCCUCCUUCCCCGCAUCAAACACUCACUCUCCCUCACCCUCUUCCACUUCUACCCCUUUGCCGGACAUCUGUCAUGGCCACCGGAAUGUCCCAAGCCCAUGAUCCAUUACGCCCAAGGCGACUCGGUUUCAUUGGCCAUCGCCGAGUCAGACGGCAACUUCUACCAUCUCUCCGGCAACAAGGCGCAAGACGCCAAGGAAUUACACCCCCUCAUCCCCGAACUCCGAGUAUCCAGAUCAACUGUCCCGAUGUUGGCAUUGCAAAUAACGGUGUUCCCGGAUUCCGGCAUCUGCCUCGGAGUCACCAUGCCCCAUGCAGUUGCUGACGCCCGAACAAUCAUGAACUUCAUCAACGCAUGGUCUUCAGCUUGCAGGCUGGGUGAGAUAUCUUUGUCAACCGAAGCUCUUCCAUGCUAUGAGAAAACAGUGAUCAAGGACCCAAAAGGCUUAGAGGAGAUGUAUCUGAACCAGUUGACAGAGCACUACUGCAAGUCCGCCGGAAACCCUAGAUUAGACGUUUUGGACUUUGGGCAGCCAGACAAUACAGUCAGAGCCACGUUUGAACUGAGUCGGGCCAAUAUUGCAACACUGAAGGCAGGCGCCAUGGCUUUGCACAAGGACAAACAGCUACCACCAGCUCGCCUGUCGACCUUCACGUUGCUGUGCGCCUAUAUCUGGGUAUCCUUGGUUAAGUCCGGGGAUCAAAGGGUUUCCCUUUCGUUUAACGUGGACUGUGGGGCUCGACAGAAGCCUCCGGUUCCGGCCACGUACUUUGGCAACUGCGUCGGGACUCGUGUAGUGACGGCCGAGAGGGCUGAUUUGCUGAGACACGAUGGAAUUGUCAUUGCAGCAUGCUUGAUCGAGGAGUCCAUUAAUGGGUUGGAAGAUGGAGCUCUGGAUGGAGCAGAGGGGUGGGUUUCACGGCUACUGUCUUCAAAGAGCGAGGGCAAGAUUUGGGCUGCUGGGUCGCCUCGGUUGGGGAUAUAUGAUGCGGAUUUUGGAUGGGGAAGACCGAAGAAGGUGGAAUUGGCAUCGAUCGACAAGACAGGAGCUAUCUUUAUACGGGAGAGCUGCAAUGGUGAUGGUGGAGUUGAGGUCAGUUUGGCUCUCAUGAAGCACGAAAUGGAUGCAUUUGCUUCUGUGUUCGUGAACGGUCUUGAGGCCAAAGGCAGUGUGUUCCACCGCUCUGGCCUUUGA